AUGACCUGGAAGCCAGGACAGCCAUCUUUUAUUUCUUACGCCCAACCAAUAAGCACGACAGACCCGAAUGGCCAAUACAAAUACAACAUCUCCUACCGUACUGAUCAACCCAAGGGUCCAACCACUAUCGCAACUCGCACGGUAGCUCCAAUGGUUCCAUGGACUGUGUAUCACUGGCAAAGUGCAGCCCAACACUACUAUCAACAAGCCAGCCAGCUUCGAAGGGAGAAGGAAGCAUGGAAAGCACAUUACACCAAGCUCUACCUUGUGCACGAAGAAACAGUGGAGGCUUUGCGGAGUGCCCAGGCUGAGCGUGAUGAGGCCAAGAAGUUGGCGAAAGAGAUCUUCGCGCUGAGGUUUGGAUUGAAGAAAGCGUAA